CAGUCACUGCUCGACCUCCUUCCCCCGAUCAUCCUCGCCGUGCCAAAAAAAAAGGUUUCUCAUUCACGCAAACGAAUGCGCAGUGCCAAUAAGGGUCUCAAGGACAAACAUAACAUUGUCAACUGUCCUGCGUGUGGAGAAGCCAAGUUAGCGCAUCACAUGUGCGGCAACUGCAUGUCUAUCAUCACUAGGCAAUGGCGAGACAGCAAGAAG